AUGGAUGAUGAUGAUUUCACGGGAUUUGACAUUGGGCAACCGAUGGUUUGGGUUAAUGAGACCCCAGAAACUACAGAAGAAGGCCCAGUCUUUGGCCCAGAAAAUCGACCAGGAGGAGCUAUCGAAAAAGAAGAAAAAGAUCAACCACUGAUAGAAAACGAAAAGUUCGUGGAGGAAAAGCCGAGAAAAUCGAGUAUAAUCCAGCAAGAUCCUCCAAGGCCCAAACCUCAACCCUCACCCCCAAAUGGCCUUCGAUUCAGAAGAUAUGUCAGGGUGCCAAGGCCUGUUAGAGGACCCAGAAAAUGGGAACACAACCCUCCGCCAGCAUCUGCUGAAAAAGAAGAAGAACCUGUUUAUUAUGGACCGGAUAAUCGACCGGCAGAUUGGAUCUCAAAACCUCCAACGCCACAACGGAAGAGAUCGGUGGAUUCAGAGAAAAUGACUGAUGUCGAGACGCCGGUUCGUAAACCACCGCCAAAACGGACGCCUUCUUCCAAUCGAUUUCCGCCUCCAGACGUUUUACUGCCUCCAGCACGUCAGGAAAUUGAUGUGGUACCGCUGGAUCCAAACGACGAGAUGUUUUGGCGAUCAUCGUGGCAAGAGCGGAACGAAGGAAAUAUUGACGUUUCUGGCGUAUUGGCAUAUUCGGCAAUAGACGUCCGUCCAAAAGCCGAGCCACCGCCUCUUCCUCCUAUUCCACUCACCCCAAAAUGCCCUUAUCACCCGGAUUGUGAUGGGAAAUGCCAA